CGAAACUACCGUACCGUGGAGCAACGAUGCCGUCCUCUAAUCAAGGCGCACCACCGCCGAGCAUCGACGAGCUGUACAUGGAGCGCGAUUUCUACAUCGGACUUGCGCUGGCCGUGUCCAGCAGCAUUUUCAUCGGGUCUAGUUUUAUCAUCAAGAAAAUUGGUCUCCUCCGGCUGUCCCGGGUCGGUUCGGUGCGUGCCAGUGCCGGCGGGUUCGGGUACCUGCGCGACUGGAUCUGGUGGGCUGGCCUUAUCUGCAUGGGUGUUGGAGAGGCGGCCAACUUUGCUGCGUAUGCCUUUGCUCCUGCUUCCCUCGUUACGCCGCUCGGUGCACUUAGCGUGAUCGUAGCCGCCGUUAUGGCUUCCAAGUUUCUCAAGGAGCGGCUAAAUCUGCUCGGCAAGCUUGGCUGUUUUCUCUGCAUCGUAGGGUCAACGAUCAUCGUCAUACACUCACCGAAGGAGGGUGAAGUGGAGGAUCUUAAUCUGCUAAUUAAAAUGCUCCAAGAUCCCACCUUUAUUACGUACGUCGUGCUGAUCCUCUCCCUGUCGCUAUUCAUCGGAUGCUGCAUCGGUCCACGGUACGGUCACAAGCACGUUACCGUGUACAUUCUCCUGUGUUCCGCGAUCGGUAGCCUUACGGUCAUGUCCUGCAAAGCGCUCGGACUCGCACUGCGCGACACCCUGUCAGGCAAAUCGAACGAUUUCGGCAUGUGGCUACCGUACUUCCUCAUCCUCGUGACGGUGGUGUUUGUGGGCAUACAGGUGAACUACCUCAACAAAGCGUUGGACAUAUUCAACACAAGCAUCGUGACACCGAUCUACUACGUCAUCUUUACGACGCUGGUCAUUACUGCGUCGGCGAUCCUAUUCAAGGAAUGGCGUCACAUGCGCGCCGAAGACAUUAUUGGCGAUCUGUGCGGCUUUUUCGUCGUGAUCGUCGCUGUGAUACUGUUGAACGCGUUCCGCGAGAUGGACAUUAGCUUGAGCGAUGUGAAGGGUAUCAUGCGACCGAAGCGGGAACUGUUACACUCUUCGUCGCACAAGUGUGCCCAGUACGAGGACUAUCUCAACGAUAGCGAGGAACGAGGCCCGCUGAAGCCACAGUACGGAACGAACUACUUGAACGCGUAACGACAGCUAACGGGCGGGCGGGGUGGU